AUGAAUUACAAUUAAUUUGAAGACAAACUAAAAAACAUAAAAAAAAAAGAUGGAAAAACCAAUUUAUAUGAACAUUUUUCUAAUUUAAUGACAAAAGUUUUGCUUGAUAAUCCUAAAGAAAAUAUAUAUGAUAAACUUGAAGAUUAUUCUUAAUAAAUAAGAGAAUUAAAUUUUAAUUUUGAAAAUUAAGAAAAUUCAAACAGGCUUCGUGAAUAAUAUAAAGAGUUAACCGAAAAUUACAAAAAUGAUAAAAAACUACUAAGUGUAAUUUAAAAUAUAUUUGUUAAAUUUAUUUAUAUAUUUAUACAGAGAAUUAUGGAAGGAGGCGGAGAAGAAAAUUAGAUUUAAGAACCAGCAGGGUCUUUACCUUUUGUUCCUAAUUUUGUUUAACAAUCUAAAUGGUUUUUUAAUAAAAUAGAUAAAAAAAUAAAUUUAAUAUAAUAAUUAAAGUUAUUGAGUUAUCAAAAGAAAGAUAAAAAUAUAAAAAAUUUAAGAUUUUGGGGAAAAAUACUUGGAUAAAAAAAAGAUUAUUAUAUAACGGAAGGACAAGCAGAUUUUGAAGAUUAAGGUGAAAUUCCACCUGAAGUAGAGCCUUUAGGAGGAGAAGAACCAAGUGUAAACUAAUACAAUUAUUGGGUUACAACAGAUUUAAAUGAUAAAUGGGUUGAAUUACCUUAUGUUACCUCAAAUUAAAUUUAACUUUCUAGAAAAUUUAAAUAUUUAUUUACAGGAGAUUUAAAUAAAUAAGUCAUUGUUAAUCCUCAUUUCGAAAGCAAUAAAAAGUCUUAAAAUAAAUUCUAAUAUAGUAGUGGAACUGAAAAGGAACUUUUAAAAUGUAUUAUUGUUAGAAUUAACCAUUGUAUUUCUGUUUAACCUAAAGGUUUAAAAAUAAUAGAUGAAAAUGAUGAAACGAGAAGAACAUUAGUAGAUCCUGAAGAAGGUACUUUUAAAUUUCCUAAUUUUAAUGCUUUAACCUAAAUUGAAAAUUGGGUUCAUUCUAAACCUAACAUUUUGAAUGAAGGAAGAUUAAAACAUACAAUCCCUGAAGCUGAAGAAAACUAAGAUUAAGAAGAAUUAGCAAAAAAGAUUAUGUAAAAAGAUCCAUUUGAGCCUUUAAUAAAACCUCUUAACUUGGAUAAACCCCCAUAAGGAUAUGAAAGCGCAUGGGCUAUAAGAUCAUAUGGAGAUUUAUUUAACUAUCGUUAAUUAUCAAGAGAAAAUGAAUCUUAAAAUUAUGGGUACUUAGCAAUCAAAAAUUUAGUUUGGCCUGGUUCAGUUACAAUUUAUCAUAAUAAAAAAUGGUUUACUUUUUAUGUAGGAUAAGGAAUUAAAUAAUAAUAUUAAUUAUAUUUCCCAUGUGAACCAGAAAAAAUAUAAAAUGAAGUAGAAUUCAGACCUACAUAAAUAGAAUAAAUAGUAGAAAAAAAGAAAGAUAAUGAAUAAAUAAAAGAUAAUAAUGAUGAAUGA